AUGUCCAUCUCUUCGCGCAGUGUCACAUCGUGCGAGUCCCAGCCUAACACGCAUGCCCCCCUCAACGUCCCCAGCGAGCUUGCCGCUCCGUGCGUGGAGGAGCUGGGCGAGGCCGAGGGCGGUGUGGGACAUCUGAGCGGACAUAAGCGCUCCCGCGGGCCCAGUCAGGUCUCGAAGACACCUUCCCCUUCUCCGGUGCCGACGUGCGGUACGACAGACGCCUUGGCGGCCGAAGGGACCUUGACCGAGCCAAAUGACGUCCUGUCUCAAGAGGUGAACAGCGCCAGUGAGCCAGGGGCCGGGGAUAUCGCAGAGGCCUUCGUAGCCAGCACAUCGUUCAAGACAAGUGAGGCGGGUACACAGCGGUCGGAGAGCGUGCUUAAAAACGCAUUGCUUUCAGAGCCACCAGAGUGCACAAUCCCUAUACUGGGGAGCCCUGGUUCUGUAAAUUAG